GUUUCAGCAAACUCUUACUGGGACACUGUAGAACUCUUUAAGGGUCUCUCAGACCUUUAAGCUUGAAGUAGAACCCCCAGAGGAGCAGACUAAGAGAGAUGUACUUAUACAAAGCGACUUGUUCAGAAAUCCCCAACCUGAAGCCUAAAGGAAUUCAGAGGGUGAGCGGAGACAGAGCACAGACCCGCAUCAGCAGGGAGAACUCGGUGGACAAGACUUAUCCGUACAUGUGCUGGAGUGGACUGAGGACCAACACACACCUGGAGCUCAAACACCUGGAUGAGUUUCUCAACACACACGCCAUCUCGCUUCGGGACUCGGUACCAACCGUGACUGGCAUGGUGUACAGGAACCUUGGGAAGUCCGGAUUGCGAGUGUCAUGUUUGGGUCUUGGCACCUGGGUGACUUUUGGAGGUCAGAUUUCCGAUGAGGUAGCAGAGCAGCUGAUGACCAUAGCCUAUGAGAGCGGCGUGAACCUGUUUGACACAGCCGAGGUUUACGCUGCAGGAAAAGCUGAAGUCAUCCUGGGAAACAUUAUCAAGAAAAAGUGCUGGAGGAGAUCCAGUUUAGUGAUUACGACCAAGCUCUACUGGGGAGGAAAAGCUGAGACUGAGAGAGGGCUUUCCAGAAAGCAUAUAAUAGAAGGUCUUAAAGGCUCCCUACAGAGAAUGCAGCUGGAGUACGUGGACGUGGUCUUCGCCAACCGUCCUGACGGCAACACACCGAUGGAGGAGAUCGUGAGGGCGAUGACCCAUGUGAUCAACCAGGGGAUGGCGAUGUACUGGGGGACGUCCCGAUGGACAGCCAUGGAGAUUAUGGAAGCGUACUCGGUGGCGAGGCAGUUCAACCUGAUCCCCCCGGUGUGUGAACAAGCAGAGUAUCACCUCUUUCAGAGGGAAAAAGUGGAGGUGCAGCUUCCUGAGCUCUACCACAAGAUAGGCGUAGGUGCCAUGACAUGGUCCCCUCUUGCCUGUGGAAUCAUCACCGGAAAGUAUGAAAACGGCAUCCCAGAAUCCUCUCGGGCUUCAAUGAAGUCGUACCAGUGGCUGAAGGAGAAGAUCAUGAGUGAGGACGGAAGGAAGCAGCAGGCGAAGCUGAAGCAGUUAGCUCACAUCGCCGAGAAGCUCGGCUGCACCCUGCCACAGCUGGCUGUGGCCUGGUGCCUGAGGAACGAAGGAGUGAGCUCGGUUCUCUUAGGAACCUCCAACCCAGAACAGCUAACAGAAAACCUGGGAGCCAUUCAGGUUCUACCCAAGAUGACGUCCCACAUAGUGACUGAAAUCGACCACAUCCUCGGGAACAGGCCGUACAGUAAGAAGGACUAUCGCUCGUAGAGGUUUGGGUCAUGGUGCGUUUCCUGAUCUGAACACCUCUCCUGCUCCUCCUCCUCCUCCUCCUCUUCCUGGGGUUGCUCUCUUGUAGGAGUCUGGGAGAGAGCCUCGCCUCGCCUCGCCUCGCCUCCUUGCUCGUGUCCUGUUUGCGCAUGCCCCCUUCUCCUUACUAAUUCAACAGCCAUGCAUCACCAUGACGACAGCUACCGUCGGACGCACGAAAUCACAAAUCAUCAUGUAGCAAGGAAGCGUCCUGCUCCAAGAGCCGCGCUGCUGAUGACCUCGGAACUGUCCCGACCCGACCCGGACAUGUCCUCUGCUCAGCGAGCUGUGAGCCAAGGGACAUACUGGAGACCUGGAGAUUGUAGAGACUGGAGGUGUGGAGCGCGUCUCCCUCUGCUGUCCGAACAGGAGAACUGCAGCCUUGCUUUCGAUGACAUGAACAGGAACAAGGCGUCCCGUUCCACGCAGCCAUCCUGGUCUUUGCCUGUUUCACGAAAGCCUGCAUUCAUAACUGCAUCUGAUUAAAGAAAGCCUGUUUUGUUUUGUUUUAAAUAGCGUGACACUGAUCACAUUGCGCUUUUUGGCACAAAAGUGUAUGGCUUCUGAGCGAUUAGAAAUUAGUGCAAGAACAAAGCCGGGAUGCUUGCUAAUCAGGACGAUGUUUUCGGUUUAAACCCAUCAAAUUAUAUUGCACAUAUACAGCACUGUAGAGUUAACUUUAAAUAUGUAAAUAGUGCAUCUUGAACAACCAGCGCACACAGCGAGAGCUUCAACUGCUGUGCUUCUGUUGGUAUAUUUUUUUGUUCCUUUAUUAUUUUGAAUGAAGCUUCACUGGAUUCACUGGCUACGUUUACAUAAAAAC